CUAAGUACCAUGUCAGUUUCGGGCAAAAAGACCAUUGAUCUGCCGAAAAAUGUAGUCGUGCACAAAAACGAGGUGGUCUCCAUCAGAAGCCUGCUGAUCUUUUUAAACAACACCCUGGACUGCGAAUUGCGUGGCAUGGAUGAUCUUAAGACAGGAGCAGUAUACUGUCAGCUGAUGCACAGACUCUACCCCGAGACGAUUCCAAUUCAAAAAGUCAGGUUUUAUACGAGCAGCACAAGCGACUUCAAGGCGAAUUUCCGGUUGCUGCAAAAUAGCAUUGAGAAACUAAGAGUAACGCGGUAUAUGUCGGAGGAUGAGUUAAUUGCGGGACACAAUCACGUGGACUUCUGCAACUGGAUGCACAAGUUCUUUAAAACGAACGACAAUAAGAAGGAAUACGAUGCCAAAAAGGUGAGAAAAGGCUCGCCAAUCGGGCUGAACAAAAUCUUAAAUGUAGCCCCUUCCUCAACUGGAGGCAUGAAUGCCAUGCACAAGUGUCAGUCGAUGGUCUUUAAUUAUACUAAAAAUGCUGCCAAAUUAGAGAGGCGAAAUAGCCUAGAUAUUCGAGCCUCUAAAACGGGCAUCUUUAAAAAUAUUCAGCGUGAAAAGCAAACCAAAGAGCCGAAUCCAAAACCGUCGAAGACCAAGAAAAUCUCAAAAACCUCGCACUUCCUCGACGAAAGCAAGAACGUUUCCCUGCCUUCGGAAAGCGAAGACGAGUUGGAACGGUUGGUGCCUAAUCGUAAUAACGUAAAGAAAGUUCAUGGCACACAGUCAAGCACCCCAGGAAUUCCAAGGCAGGGUCCAGAAAUCCAAGUAAAGUGUGGGAGCCCUCUGUGCAAAAGGUACAAUCAGGAAGCAGGGGAUCAGCAAUCCAAGCUUCAUACGGUCGACAAUCUGGAACGCCAGUUAGAAAGAUUACAGAUUGAUAAUGAAAUACUGACCAAGAAGUUGGAGGCUGUGGAGUAUUUGUUGAUGAAAUACUAUAAUAAACCAGAUAUUGCUGUUAGCGAAUUAAAUACAUUUUUCCAGAAGAAUCCAAAAAUGGUUGAAGUGCCUCCACGUACCUCAAUAGAUACAUGUAAUGUAGAAGGAUCCGCCAAGGAUAAAAUGCCUCCUCGGCAUAGCGAACAAUUUCAGACUUGCGUGGAAUUUUCUCCCCAUAGUUUAAAGGACAAAGGACCAUCGAGGCUACAUUCUGGAUGCGAUGAGCAUACCCUUCCUUUCAGAUACAAUUCCCAGUCUAGUGGAUCGGGAAAUAUGUUGAGGAAAAGGGUUAAGGUGCAUUGCAAAAGCUGCGGUGGCGAGUGCAAUUUAUACCCCUCAAAAUGUACGACAUCUAAACAUAAAAAUGGCUAAUAAAUGCCAGUCGACGGAUUUCAUUUUAAUACUUUACUUUAUAAAAAAGUAUAAAAAAAUAUUGUUGCAAAAUGUUAUUCCAAAUGAAAGAAAACGAACUUCAAGGAAUUUUCAAAUUGAAACUCUUUGAUCAUUCAAAUUUGGGAACUUAAUUGCUUAAUAAAAUUCUUAAAGUGAA